ACCUCGAUUCUGGGAUGGCAGUGGAUGUGAUUUACUUAGACACAAAGACCUGGAAUAUGGCUGCGGUCAACUGCAAUCCCUUAAUCUGCACUGAGGGAUAACACAGAAGAAAAGACUUAGUGGAGCACUUACAACAUGAUGAUACAUCUGGUUCUCUUGACUGCAGUACUAUUCAUUCUACCAUUCUCAGAGACCUAUCGCAUUGUAGGGGGACAUGAAGCCAGGCCCCAUUCCAGGCCCUACAUGGUGUCACUUCAAACUCCGUUUCAAUCUCAUUUCUGUGGAGGAACACUUAUCCAUCCCAAGUGGGUACUCACGGCAGCACACUGCCAGGAAGUCGGGUCAUUGGAUGUAACACGAGUAGUUCUUGGUGCUCAUAGGCUGCAUUUGCCAGACAGAUCAGUCCAGGUAUUCAGCACACUUAAAUCCGUACAGCAUCCAGAAUACAACCCUCAAACCUUCCAAAGUGACAUACUUCUGCUUAAGUUAAAUGGUUCUGCAAAAAUCAAUCCUGCUGUAAGAACACUUCCGCUGCCUGUUCCCAAUACAGAUGUAAUUCCUGGCACUUCCUGUUCAGUGGCUGGGUGGGGAUCCACUUUCAAUGCCAGAUCUAAAUUCUUUCCUUUAAUGGAGACAGAUGUAGAUAUUGUUAACCGAAAGGACUGUAACAUAACCUGGCUAGGGGGAAUCUCUGAAUCUAUGCUUUGUACGGCCACUCCUGGGGCACCAUUCAAAGGCUUCUGUGAUGGUGAUUCUGGAGGGCCACUUGUGUGCAGGGGCCGCGUGGAAGGAGUUGUAUCUUUCUCUGGUCAAUAUUGUGGAGAUCCACGCACACCAGAUGUGUACACUCGUGUCACCUCUUUCCUUGACUGGAUCCAAAAAACAAUAUCAACAUUUUGAUCUGGUUAACUAAUCCAUACUUAUAAUUACAGGUUUGGGACCCGUUAUCCAGACCUGAGGUUUUCUAUAUUAUGGAUCUAUCUAUCAUUUGGGUCUCCAUACCUUUAGUCCACCAAAAAGUCAUACAAAUGUGAAUUAAACCCAAUAGGAUUGUUUUGCCUCCAAUAAAGAUUAAUUAUAUCUUAGUUAGGAUCAUGUACAACAUACUGUUUUAUUAAUACAGAAUAAAAGGAGAUGCUCUUCCUGUAAUUUGGAGCUUUGCGGAUAAUAGAUCCAAUAUAAGUAUAUACAUUAUUUCCUUACUACAGUAUUCAUAUUGUCAUUUUUUAUUAUCUUUAGUAUCAUUAAGUAUAAUUAAAUGUAGCCUUGGCAUUACAACUCUGUUCUUAUUUAAAACAUGUACAAUUCUUAUUGAUUUCAAGUAACACACCACAAAUAAUGACCAUUUUUGUAAAUAAAAGGAACUUCUCCCUGCUCCCAGUUUAGUUAGGUGAGUUGUGGAUUUGGAAAAUUUGAAACACAAGCGAAACACAAAAAAAUAAAGGGAUGAUACAUU